AUGUGGCAAUACGCGUUACAACAAUGUAUAAAAGAUGAAUUAUCCAAGACUGAUAAUAACCCACCGUUUACCACGUUCCAAUUAGCAACCAUUGAUAGCAAGACAGGUUAUCCAAGUAAUAGAACAGUCGUAUACCGAGGAUGGUUAUUUGAUAAUAUAGAAACUAGUGUAAUCACUUUCACAACCGACAAGCGUAUGCAAAAGUACAACGAAUUAUUGCAGAAUGAUAAAUUCGAAGCAGUGUUUUAUUUCGGACAUUUGAAGAAACAGUUUAGAUUACGAGGUAGAGCUCAAAUAAUCGAUGAAGAACAUAAACCAUUAUUGGCUGACUUGGCCCAGUCAUUUAUUCCUAGAAAUAAUAGUUUUGAUAAUUUGACAAUAUCAUAUGUGUCCCCAUCAGGUGACCAAUGGAAAGACGAAAUACAGAGACAAUGGGACAGUUUAUCGAAACAUUUAAAGAAAUCAUUCAUAAAGCCACCCCCUAAAGAAGAUUUAAAUGGAACCAAUGCAAAACUAAUCAGUUCGAUCCAUAGAGGUGUUGAUGGGAAACAUGAAGAUUACGGAAUUAAAAAUUUUGCUGUCAUUGGGUUAUUUGUUGAAUACGUUGAUUAUUGUGAUUUGGAUAAAGAUAGAAGGUAUAUCUAUCAAUUAGAUGAGAAUCAACAAUGGAAUGAACAUGAAGUAUGUCCUUAG